AUGGAGGAAAGAAACAUGGACGACAACGUGAGCUGUGCAUCCUGUGAGAACACCGAAGUGUUGUCGACAGAGAACAACGAUGGGCUGCCGACGGACAACACCGAAGUGUUGUCGACAGAGAACACUGAUGUGAUGUCGACAGAAAAUACAAAUGGGCCACUGUCGACAGACAACAGCGAUGAGCUGUCGACAGAGGACACCAAUGUGCCGUCGACAGAAAAUACCAACGGGCUGUUGUCGACAGACAACACAGAUGGGUUGUCGACAGAAAACACCGAUGGGUUGUCGACAGCAGACAGCAAACGACGCUGUGUAGUGUGUUGUGGGUUGGCGACCGGAUACCACUACGGGGUUGCUUCGUGUGAAGCAUGCAAGGCAUUCUUCAAGCGAACAAUUCAAAAGAAUAUUUCCUACUCGUGCACGGAAAACCGACAGUGCAAAAUCUGCCCGGGAAAGCGUCGAAAAUGCCAGGCCUGCAGAUACGACCGAUGCAUCCAGGCCGGUAUGAUGGUUGACGGUGUUCGUGUUAACCGAGCUAAAGGAGGACGGCAGAAAUACAGACGUCGACCCGACGAGAAUGAUUUCUCUCCCGCUACGACCGGGAAGAAGCGAAGGCACAUCCUUGCUUUGGAGUUUUCUGAGCGCCUUCUUGAGAUCGAACCGGAAGUCUUGAAGAUCACGAUACCAGAGGAGGUGAUUCAAAAGCGCAAACUCGCAGGCGGGAAAAUCCUUCCCCAAGAUCUAGCUCCAGCCAUGAAGUUAAUGGCCGAGAUGGCGGACAGGGCACUGAUCACUACCGUACGGUGGGCUAAACAAGUCCCUGGUUUUGACAAGCUGUGCCUGAACAACCAGAUGGCCCUGCUGUGUAACUCGUGGAUGGAGGUACUCCUGACCAAUGUGAUCUACCGUACAUCGGUCUUUAUCGACGGCAACGACAUCGUGUACUUCGCCAAGGGUCUCCUGGUUUACCGGGAGGAUCUCUACUCCUCGCCCGACUGGAGUACCAGUACGACCCUGCUCAUCUUCGACCAGAUCAUGAAUGUAGUCAACCGGUUCAGGCUACUCAAACUCAGCAAGGGCAUCGUGGUUAUACUCAAGACGAUGAUGCUCUUUAACGCAGGUCCUUCUUUGUCCAACCGUCUCCCCUUACAAUCCAUGCAAGAGAUUCAAGACAUCCAGUCCACCGUGCAGGACGCCUUGCACUACCGCAUCCAGCAGGAUCACCCGGGGGACAGCCGCCUCGUCUACCACCUCAUGAUGCUCAUGCCGCUCAUCAAGGAUGUCGCCCUCACCGUCGCCAGCCAGGUAUGGAGUGAGUUUAUCCGGGAGCAGAUCCCUCUGCAGCAACUUCUGAAGGAGGUCCUGCAACCGAUCAUGCAGGUACAGUCCGGACAACAGGCGAGCACUGGAACCCCAAGAUGCUCGCAGAGCUUCCAGACGGCCGAUCUAUGA